AUGAGCAUCACGCAAACAUACUAUCUCGCCCACACGGCCCGCAAGAAGCUUACUCGAGAGGCUUCUCGCGCGGACCAUGAUCUCCGUCUGCUGGUUGGCCACGCCAACCUCCUCGACUCGCUGAUGCUCGACCUCGCCGACGCUGAGCAGGAGCAAGAGCGCUGGUUCAACCAGACCGUCAGCGGCGUCACCAAGGCGUCCCAGUCGUCCGAUCGUCACAUCCAGUGGGCCGAGACCAUCAUUGAGGACCCGGAGGACGACUGGGAUGCGGAGGAAAUUUCCGACGCGGACUCGGAUGUCAGCGAUGACUCCGACCUGGAAGAAGACGACUACGAACCCACCACAUACGCUCCCAUCCGCCGACGGGCGCCAUCGCCCGUCGCCGUCGUCCACGAGCGCGAAGUGGAAGAAGACUACGACUCGGACUCGGAUUCCGACUUUGAAUACGACGACCUGGACGACACGGAAGAGUUGGCCCUGACGCGGUCCCCGUCCCGACAGUCCCCUCCUGAGCUGGCCUCAGACUCGGACGAUGACUCCGAGGACGAUUCCAUGCCGCCGUCGCCGCCGCAGCCCAUGCUGGAUGCAUUCGAAAAGCAGCCGCAGUCCACGACGAUCUCGCUGUCCGACGCUGAAAUCGAGAAAGGGUACUAUCCUGAGACGCAAGGUCAAAUCAUUGGAGCCAUUCCCGCCUACUGA